CAAUUAUUUAUACAAUAACACGCGGCUUAAAUCGUCCAGGGUUUGUUAUAUAUGAUUCGGUCGAAAACUAGGGCAAAACGGAAGCAUUAGCAUCAAUCAGAAGGGACCGGGUAAUCCGUUGGAGGUUGGAGCACAUCCGCAAUUACCCUUCGACAGUUGCUCUUGCAUACAUAAACUCGAAAAUAAUUGACUCCCUAACCUCCAGGGAAACUAUAAACAAUCAUCUCGUCAACAAUUGAAAUGUCAACCGGGUUAAUUUAAUUACAAAGAAUUAAAAUAACAAUGGAUAAAUAUCCUGAGAUUGUAGUGCGUUUGGCAGUGGAGCGCAUUGACGCGAAUUUAUUCGCACCAGUUCGUGUUCCGUUGAAGUUCUAUACUCCAGGAGAAGAGGUCUCCGAUCAAACGGACUAUCUCAGAGGUCAUGGAACUUACGUCGAUGAUGAUGGGUGUCUGAGGGCAUCUGUUGCUGGUGUUCUGGAGAAAGUUAAUAAACUCAUCUCAAUUAGGCCCCUCAAAACUCGCUAUCAAGGAGAAAUAGGGGAUGUUGUGGUUGGUAGGAUAAGUGAGGUGCAACAAAGUCGAUGGAAAGUCGAUACGAAUUCUAAAAUGGAUUCUGUCCUCUUGUUGUCCAGUGUCAAUCUCCCGGGGGGUGAAUUAAGGCGACGUUCAGCAGAGGAUGAACAAACCAUGCGGAGAUAUCUCCAAGAAGGGGAUUUAAUCUGCGCCGAAGUUCAAAGCACUUAUGCUGACGGCUCCCUAUCCCUCCACACACGUGUCCUGAAAUAUGGAAAAUUAUCCCAAGGAAUGAUGAUCAAGGUGCCGCCUGCCUUGAUUAAACGAAAGAAAACCCAUUUCCAUCACUUGCCCAAUGGUGCCACUCUCAUUCUGGGGAACAACGGCUACGUGUGGAUCGGAGCAAGCUCCCAGAGCACUGAUCGCUCCGAGGGUGGAUUUACUCAGGAUUUAACACGUGUCAGCCAAGAGGACAGGGAAGUCUGCGCAAGAUUACGGAAUUGUGUAUUAAUACUCUCUCACUGCAACAUCUUGCUCACGGAUACUUCGGUGACAUAUGCCUAUGAAGAAUCCUGGAAGUACACUUGCAGUCAAUUACUCCAGCCGGAAGCGAUUGGCAGCGAAAUGGACGCUUGUUUUGCCGCGUUUGAUAGGGACGGCGAUGGUUUUUUAUCAAUCAGUGAAUUUGAACUUAUUUGCCGUGCAUUAUUCAGAAAUGAUAGAGGAAAAAUUUAUGGAGUUGAGGAGAAGCAGCUGCGUGAAAUUUUCGAUAUAUUCGAUUCUAAAAAGGACGGAUUGCUUGAUCUUCAAGAGUUCGAGGUGUGCUGGAAUCGUUGGAUAAAGGUCUGCACGCGACCGAGGUGUGCCUUUCUCAUUGUUGAUGUACAAAAUGAUUUUAUAUCCGGUUCUUUGAAUAUAAAGCAAUGUGCGGCAAAACACGACGGCUCUGAGGUGAUUGAACCAAUCAAUCAUUUGCUGAAUACAGUGACAUUCGAUGCGGUAUUUUAUUCACUUGAUUGGCAUCCGGUUGAUCAUGUGUCCUUCAUCGACAAUUUGCACAUGCGGGAAGUAGACGAAUCUAGUCCUGUACCCAAGGAGGAAGCAAAAGUAUAUGACAGCGUCACCUUCAAGGGUCCCCCGCCGUUGAAGCAGAGAUUAUGGCCCCGCCACUGUGUCCAAGACUCCUGGGGGGCAGAGCUCCACAAAGACCUGAAGAUUGUCGAGCACGCGAUAAAGAUCUACAAAGGGACAAACCCAGAAGUCGACUCGUACUCGGUAUUCUGGGAUAAUAAGAAGCUCACCGAGACUACUCUCUCGACCCAACUUCAGGACAAGGGAGCCACAGACAUCUACAUCUGCGGUCUAGCCUAUGACGUUUGCGUUGGUGCAACAGCAGUGGAUGCACUCACCAGUGGUUAUCGUACAAUUUUAAUCGAUGAUUGCAGUCGUGGUGUGGAUCUCGUUGACAUCGAGAAAACUAAAGCCAUGGUAAUCGCCAGCAACGGCGUCAUCGUCACCUCGAGGCAAGUGAAGGCGAUGGUCGAGGGGCGCGAUCGCAGGCCCGAACUCGGCUACAAACUUGCCCUGGAAAUCAAGCAGUCGCUCAGAUCGUCAAGUAACAAUAAUAGAAAAUAAAUACAACUAAGUCUUCAACAUUAUUUAGUCGUAUCUCAAUUGAAUCUGCAGUCGGUGUAUAUAAUAUAACAAAUUAGAAGAUAUGUAAUAUUAUUUAUGCACCUCAGGAUUUCCUUCCAAGUUGUUAUAUAUGUGAGAAACAUAAUUUGUUAGUUCAAGUUCAAAAUAAAUAUUACUUGAAUAUU